AUGAGGUUCGGUUGCCUUUCCUUCCGACAACCUUACGCGGGAUUAGUUUUAAACAAAGUCAAAACAGUAGAGACUCGCUGGCGUCCUUUGCUAGCGGACUACGCGAACUGCACCGUCGCUAUUCAUAUAGCUGUUAAGGACUGGCAAGAUGAAACGUGGAGAGCAAUUCUUUUGGAUAGGUUUGGUAUGACGCCACAAGAAGUGCAAGAUUUGCUGGAUAAAGGGGAGAAAUUUGGCAGAGGAGUUAUUGCAGGAUUAAUUGACAUUGGAGAGACAUCACUAUAUCCAGAAAACUUGCCUCCUGAAAAGAUCCUGGAGCUGGAAAACAAAGCCAUCCUCAGUAAUCUAGAACAGAAAUACUUGACUGUUGUUUCAAAUCCAAGAUGGCUCCUGGAACCAAUUCCUGCCAGAGGGAGAAAAGGUGUGUGGCAGGUGGACAUCCCUGAAGAACUGAUCCCUUUGGAAGCAUAGGUGUUGCCCCUCACUAGUCUUUUU